AUGGGUGGCGCUUCACAAGCUCAGCCAUUAGCUGUGCAGUUCAAGCACAAUUCCACAGCAGACGGUCUUCCACCAAGCCACCAUGUCCUAGCACCAGCACCAGGCACCACCCUCUCCUCCUACUUGCCCCAUUGGAACCCGCAGCCAAGCACAUUAUCGCAGCAGCAAUCCGGAGAGUCGAGUCAAAGUACACAGCUUCAAGAUGACGACAACUCGCAAAACAUUGCCUGCUUGCCCAACUCGAUAGCCCUCGUAGAUCCGACCAAAGUCGUCCGCACUGGCUUCCGCAAUCCAUGGCCCAGCUGGCAUAAGCCCACGGUGGCCGAGGUGUGGCAGGGACUCGAAUGGGGCGAGGAUCAGGACACAGCGAUAGACUAUGCUAUGCAGGACGCGGACUUCGACUCAGCGUCAAAGGACGGCGACGACUCGACCGACCCCUACAAGGACAGUCGACCGGGCACGCCAGACCUCGAAGGUGCUUCACCUGAUCCACAGUCGCACGAUGUAACCCAAGAUGGCCGAUCCACGAGCUGGUUCUCCCAACAGACCGUGCCCACAUCGUAUACCCGACAACAAAAGAUCAAGAUGGCCUCCAAGCAGCUUCUCACCAUCGAAGAGCCUUCGUUCGACUUCGAUUCCGAUGCCAAACUCAAGGCGACCUGGCUCGGUCAUGCUGGCGUUCUUGUUCAGCUACCGCCGCUUACUCCCAAGGGCCGACCGAUCCGCGUCCUGUUCGACCCCAUCUUCUCUCAGAGGUGCUCUCCCACCCAAGUCGCUGGUCCCAUCAGAUCAUAUGCCCCACCAUGCCCAAUCUCCAGCCUGCCGCCUAUCGACCUCGUCAUCAUCUCGCACAAUCACUACGACCAUCUCGACUACGACACCGUCCGUGAUCUCUGGGCUGCUAACAAGGACCGGCUUCGAUUCGUCGUUCCGCUAGGCAACAAGGACUGGUUCAUUGGGUCCGCUGCUGGUGAAGCUCAAGCUCAGCAGCCCGCACCAAGCACCGCUACAUCGCCAUCGACGGAAUCGCUUUCGUCGUCUUGGAGCUUCACUCCGUCGGCAGCGACCACUUCGGCGUUGUCCAUCCCAGCAGAAAGAGUGACGGAGCUAGACUGGUGGGCCGAGGUGCAUCUCACACAAGCUGGUGCCGAUGCUGACGAGGGCGAAGCGCUGCGCGUCGUCUGCACUCCAGCCCAGCACGGGUCGGGUCGCUACGGCGUCGACACCAACUGCGCCCUCUGGUCGUCCUGGUACCUCGAGCAUCCCCACUCCAACGCUGACGGUACACCCACCAAACUCUACUUCGGCGGCGACACGGGCUGUCAAUUCCACGGCCCCUCCUUCCCACCCGCACCACCACUCGCCCCGGCCUCGGUCCCCACCACGCCCGCCUCCGAAACCGGCGACUCGCUCUUCCCCAACCAACCGCUCCGCUCGCACCCCACCUACCGAGGCGGUGCGCACCUCUCACCCGACGACGAGCUUUCCUCUCCCUACCCGCCCUGUCCCGCCUUCUCCGAAAUCAUCACUCGUCUCGGCCACCCGUCCUUCCUCAUGCUCCCCAUCUCGGUGGGCGCCACCAUCUCCUUCCUCCGAAGCUACAUCCCUCUCCCGGACAGCAUCUCCCCCUUCCCACGCCUCACACCGGGUUUGACAGCGGCGAACCACAUGCCGCCGUGGGACGCCGUGCGUGUGUUUGACGAAAUGACGUCGGGUCAGGCGACGUGCAUGGCCAUUCAUUGGGGUACGUUCAUCAGUGGGCCAGAGGAAGUGUUGAAGACGUUGGGACAGUUGAAGUGGGCGUGUGAACAGAUGGGCGUGCGGUUUGCGAGGGGGGAGGAUGCGAUCGGGGAGAAAGGGAAGACGUUUGUCGCGCUCAAUCACGGUGGGAGUAUCACGCUCUAG